AUGAAGCCAAUCGACGAGAAACAAGAGAAAGUAACUAUAAGAGCCGUAAGCCACGACGAAGAAGGAAAAAAGAGAGUAGAAAAAACCGAGCUCAACACACACAACAUUGACACAAUCAAAUACGUCGAGAAAAAACUCAUCAAUAAUGGUGUCCAGCGUCUCGACCGCCACCCCGUGGACGGCAUCGGAAUCGGUCGUCCGCCACCAAAGUCCGGUCACGGCGGUAAGUACACUUGGGAAGGCCCCGCUGAUAUCAUCGAUAACGAGCUUGAUGCAGCACCAGCCGCUAUAGAUAAUAAGGAUCCUAAUUACGUAGACGACGAAGACAUUGAUGUUGAUCCUCGUUUAGUAGUUAAUUAA